GCUCAAUCGGUGUUGUUAAACGAGCCUAGCAGUCAGAGCUGCAGACCCAUCCAGGAAGUCAACAAAGUUGCUUAUUUAUAUUAGCUUCACUUUGAUUUUCAUCAAUUAACGUUGAAACAACGGCAUGAGUUCUGCUGCCCCUCCGACUAUUGGGGAGCUAUUCCUCAUCCUCAGUGAGAUGGGGUUCUCAGAGGAGCAGAUCCAGGCAGCUGUACAGGCGGGGCAUUUUUCUGUGUCAGAUGCAGCUGAGUGGCUCUUGCAGGGUCAGUAUCCACGGCACAAGUUGGUCAAGCAGUCAUCACAGCCAGCUGAGACAGCAUUUUCUGCUUUCAACCUUCCUAAAGAGGCAGCAAGCACGUCCGAGACACACACAUCCCCUACUGACAGCAGAGCGUCCCCUUCAUUGCUGCUGAGACCAUCACAGUCAGGCACCCUGUCCCCAGACCCACUACCAGUAGAGUCCCGCAUCAAACAGGACAAGAGUGACUUUGAAGAGCAGCAGAGACAACGUGUUGCUCAGGAGGCUAGAACAGAGAGAAGACAAAAGAAACAGGAGCGCGAGUUGGUGUUAAAGCGGAUAGCUGAGGAUCGGAGGAGCUUGCAGGUGAAGAACCAGAGCAGCGCCGCCACAGAGACGUCUCCUCCCAGUGUUCAAGAGCAGAAGCUCGGAGGAAAUAUUCAGACUAACGUGGACAACAACUGCGUCCUCAUGAUUCGCCUCCCAUCCGGCGAGUCCAUGCGUGAGCGCUUCCCUGCUGAUGCUCCUCUGCGCAGCGUCAUGGAGCACAUCACCGGACGUCACCCCUCCCUAUCCUCCUUUUCUCUCCUCCAGGGCUUUCCACGGAAACGCUUUGGGGAGGCAGAGCUUGCUUGUUCACUGCACUCCCUCGGCCUCACACCCAACGCUGCACUGUGUAUUCAGACCACUCCUCCAGAGACACCUCAGGAUCCACCGAGUCCUGCAGAUCCACCAUCAGCGGGACCGAAUGAGCCGCCUCCUUGUGAUGCGUCUCCUCAGCCGCAUAUCCCUGUCCUGGAGGGGGCGGGAGGGCAGGACUUUGUUCUACCUCCUCCGCUACCCAACCAGGUGUGGGAAGAGGCUUUGAAUUACGCAGGGAUUCCUGGAGUUGGUCCUUCACUGUCUGGUCCAUCUCACUCCUGGGGCCGAGGCCAGAAGUUGGUUGCUGGUAAUGCUGAGGAAGCAGCUGGCAUAGAGGUGGAUGAGGAACAAGGCGAAGAGGAAGAACCACUUCACAUGCUUAACGGAAUGCCGCGGCUGCCUUUCUUUCCGGACAAUAGGAUUCGUGUAGAAUUUGAGCCCAGGCACCACUGGCCAGAGCAAGGCAACCGACUCAGGGAGGCUCCAGAAGAGGUCCCAGUGGAGCCUGAGGAUGCGGGAGGUCGGGAGGCCCCUGGAGCUGCAGGUCUGGCUGCAGUGGAGCGUCUCCAAAGAGCUGCACAGCAAGAAGACCCCCGUGCCUCCCAGGGACAACCGUCACCCCCUAAAAAACCCUUCAGGGCACCCAGCGUGCCGUCCCUAUGUGCCUUGGCAACCCGCGCAACUGUCCAUCUCAUGACUGCUCCCAGCAUGCAGUACAGCAGCAGUCUGGCAUGCCUCACCCCGGAGCUAGCAGAGCUUCUGCUGAACCACAUGUCCCGCGAGAGGCUCCUACGUCCACGCACCCUGGAGCUUUUCUUCGGCUGCCCAUUGCAGAAGUUUGUCCUAAACUGCUACCCUUACUCCACCAAUGAGCUCCUGCGGCAGUUGAGGGCCUUCACAGCACUGAAGCAUCUGAGUCUGGUCAACUCGCCUCUCAUCACUGACUCUGGGCUGUCAAUCCUGUCCAGCCUGGUCAAACUCCAGUACCUCAACCUGGCCUCCUGCAGCAAACUGACCAACUCCUGUCUGCAGCAUAUCACAGGUUUAAAGAGCCUGUAUUUCCUGUCCCUGGACCACACCAAAGUGACGGAUGCUGGGAUGGUACUCUAUCUCCAGUCCGCUCCAUCCUGUCUCUCUCAGCUCAGCCUGAACCAGACAGCUGUGACUGAAGCCACACUGGCAGUCCUGCCCACCUGCGUGCCACAACUGCGGCUCCUUAGCAUCAAGCAAACUAAGGUCAUGGAUGUGUCAGCUUUGGCAGAGAUGUCCAGCUUACAGACUCUCAACCUGGAUGGAACAGGUGUGACAGAAAGCUCUCUGGAGCACCUCGCCACCCACCCUGCCCUGUCUUCCCUUAGUUUGGCGGGAAUCUCUGUAGCGGACGGUAAUCACUACCUGCAGAUCAUCUCAGGUCUAAAGUUGACUCAGCUGACCCUCCCUGGACGGCACUCCGUUACAGACAGCGGUUUGACAUUCCUCUCUAGACUGUCUGUGCUCUUGGAGCUGGACCUGACUGACUACACACAAGUCACAGACCAGGGAGUCAGCCAGCUCUCCACCAUGAACAGGUUGAAGAAGCUGUCACUUAGCAACACACAGGUGACAGAUGCAGGGCUUCCCUCGCUGCGGGGCCUGCAGGAGCUGCAGGAGCUGUGUUUAGACCGAACAGCAGUCACCAGCCGAGGAGUGGCCGAACUCAUCACCUGUCUGCCGCACCUCCAGGUGUUGGGGUUAGCCAGCACUCGGGUGGGAGACACAGUAGUGAGGAGAGGUCUGAUCCGCUGCAAUCAGCUCGUGAAGCUGAAUCUGAGCCGCACACGGAUCACAGACCACGGUCUAAAGUUCUUGAAACACAUGCGUCUGGCACAGGUGAACCUGGACGGCACCGGUGUGAGUCUGAUGGGCAUUGCGAACCUCCUCCCUUUCACUAACAUCAGCAGCAUUCGGGCGAGCAACACUCGCAACAUUCCUCCUGAUGAGGUGUCCGAUGAGGAGUGGGAAGCCCAGUGAGCAUCUGGGUUGGUCUACGCAGACUGUACCUGAGCACGCCUCUGACUGCUGCGGUCCCCUUAUAGCCCCCGAAACACGCUGCUAUCGGGAUCCUCUGAAAAACAACAUAACUGAAACACUCCUCCUAUUCAACUGCAGCUCGUGCCACUAAUCUGUCAAUCACAAAUUGAAACCUUAAACGCGAGCCUGGUUUAAAAAAAAAACAUCAGCCAAUAAUAGCGUUUACAUAUACAGAAUACAUUUACUUGCCUACACUGCAGCCCUUUGUCUCUGGAGAAACUCCACCUGACAAACGUCAAAGCUUUACAUGCAGCCUUAUAGGUUGGAACUAUCUGUGUUACUCCUGGUCGGCACUUUUUGAGCCGACUGGCAGAAACAUAUUAUACGUCCGAAAUGUAACAUAUAACACAGCAUGUAUUUUAAGACUGUAAUGACUAACAGCCUGAUAUAUGUAUAAGUUCAAUGAAAACCUAAAUGUCACUUCAACCACAUAUGGUUGAAGGUUUUUUUGUUUUUGUUAAUGUGAAGGCAGAUAAGUCACUUAUUAAAACAAACAUUGCAUCUGGAGCUGUAUUCAUGUCAUGUUGGAUUUAUUAGAAUACAUUUUAAACUGAGAUUUACACCUGAUGUUUAUUAGAAUUAGGACCAAUGUUUAUUUGUUAGCGUGAAUAUUUGACAGUAUUAAUCAACAGUACAUGCAGCAACUCCUUAGUUUGGUUUAAAUUCAUGAAAAGAAAAAAUGGCUGUUGCGUCUCUAUAGACGUGUAUUGUGUUGCCACCAUGACAAUAUUUGCUCAGCUUCUCAUUUAAAUUAAAUGUUAAUGACUCUUUAUUGGCGCAGUACAUACAAAUCAGUUAUAACAUCUUGCCAGAUGUCUGUUUUAAUAAGUUUCUUUUUGAAACAUUUAGUAUGCAGUAAUAACCAAAAUGUUGUACCAUCAACAUUUUUAAAAGGAAUGAUGAGAAACUGAACAUAGUUGUCAUGGUGGCACCAAAAUGUGGGCAUACGUUGACAUGAACACAGCUUUACUGUAAGAGCUCAUAAUGAAGGUUAUAUAACUAGUCCGCUGUAUUGAUGUUAGUUUACAGCAAACCACAAACGCCACCUAAAACUUUCAUUGCAUCCUGUCGAUCAUUGGAUUCAGUUGAUGUUUUAAAAAAAAUGGCGGUCAUAUUCUCCUCUUAGCAUUACGCCAAGACAUGCCACCAUUUUUCUAAGACAGCCCAACCAUUUUCAGUUACAUGAAGGACGGGGGCAGAAGUGUACAGUGGUCUGUGCAGACACGGGGCUCACGAGCCAGAAUCCAAAGCAACUUCUUGUAACCACUUCAAGUUUUGUCCUCUUGUUUACAGAGAUGUAAAAUAGUUUAUUUUCCCUAAAGGCUUUUGAUUUUUGGAUACGAGCACUGUAUUCAUUAAGUGUGAAAUUAAUAAUAAAGUCUUCUGAAGCUGAA